AUGCAUGCGAAUCAGCAGCCUUUGGCUUCAACUACUUACGCCUUUGGACCUGCCGGAUUACCUCAAAGGCAUGUUCAGAUAGUGGACCCGAGCGCAAUGGCUGUCACGUCAGAUGCUCAGGGUCAGAUUAUCUACGGGGCCGUCUCGUCCUCGGGUGUUGUUCCUGCCACUCAAUUUAUUCAAACAUCUAAUGACAGUGCCAUUUAUACUCAGCCUCCAGUGGUAUUACCCCAAGAUAAUUCACAAACUGACAUGGAGAUUGAACCGAUCGAUCUCGAGGAGGUGCAAAAAAUACAAGCGCGCAUGCCGGCCGCAGAUCCCACUGCCCCCAUUGGUUCCAACAAAAAUCCCAUACGUAUCAUUCAACAAGGAAAUCAGUAUAUCACUACUCAGGACGUUUCGGACGAACAUUUGCAGCAGAUUAUUCAAGUUCUGACAAACCAGGCUCUCAUUUCAAGUAGCGGCUCACGCCCAACCAAGCGUCGGCAUGAUGAUAUCGCAAAUUCUUCCCUCCGCGUGGACCGAACAAAGGCGGCACAGGCUGCACGUGCUGCUCUUCGGAACCGAACCCCUGGGAAAUCGAAUAGUAAAAAACGUCGAAAGAAAGGUUCCGAUGAAGAUGACCCAGAUUUUGAACCGGAAGUGCCCGAGGAGGAGAUACUUCCCUUCCCUUUGGCUCGGCGCACUUCUGCCUCCGGUCGUGUGUCGAAACCACCGAAACACUUAGUAAAAGACUACAAACAUUUGCGGUUGGAGGACUUGACUGUAAAGCCGGAAUCCAGUGAGGAGGAUGAGCAUUCAGACGGUGGUUACUCGGACUACAUCAAUGAUGGCGGAACGAAAUAUCCAUGCCCUUCUUGUGAUAAAGUCUACAUGUCCCGGUCUGGAUUGAAUAGACAUCAAAGCUCCGUGCAUGGUGUCACUCAGCAACAAUCGAAACCUCGCCCUAUCAAUCCGUAUGUGGCUAGUAUGCGACGUCGUACGAAACUGAAGGAGGCGGUUGCCGAGGCUACUGACGAUGAUCUGAUUGAAUUUGUGGCUCCACGAUUGUCAAAAUUAAUCAGUCCAUGGGAUCAUCUGUUGUUACGCAGUGAAGAAGGUGACCCACCCCUACCACAAGUACCACGAGUGGUGCUAGACUAUUUGAAUCUGGUUGAGCGUGCACGUGCAUUUCUCGGAGAUCAGCUGGAGUUACGUCAACCAGUGCCCAAGAAACGCAAAUCAGAAACAAAGAAGGAAUCCUCGAAGGAAGAAGCUAACACCGAGAACGUAGUCGAAAGUGAACACUCUCAACCAGAUGAUAAUGCAACCGAAACGUCUUCAGCAGCCGUGGAAAAUGGUGAAAAUAAAAUUGAAAAACUUGAACAGUCUACUGCCUUGGGCCUACCCUGUGGAAAGUACAUUGUCAAGGAGCCUCUUUGCGAGGACUAUUUACCGCGACGGUUCCGUUCUGCCUUAGCCACCCUUCGAGCACAAGCGUCCUCGGUCACUGCCUCGGCGGGUGAGUCCUCGGCUGACGUGACCAACGAAACACAUUCCGCUCCCAAACGGCGUGCCCUGGUCGCAAUGGAGACGGCCGAGGAUGAUGAAGUCGGGGCCACACUACGCAGCGAUCCACAAACCGAUGAGGAUGCGUCUAGAACCGGAGCGAUGGCAACGACCACCAAUACCUCAACCACCAGUGGUGAUAACCCGGCCCAAGGUGGUGUCCUAACACUUGGGGAUGAGUUGGUAAGUUUUUUCCGUAGAACAUUUUAA